UUUUCUGUGUUAUUUCAUCCUAACUAUGGAAAGUGCUAUAUGUUUAACUAUGUAGGGAGAGAAUUUCAUGAAUCAGAAAAACCGAUAGAAGCAAUGCGAUAUGGCAGUACUAGUGGUCUUCAACUUAUACUCCGAGUUGAGGAUAGCACUGUUUUAGAUCUCUUGCGACGUGAGAUCGGUGCCAGAAUCGUUGUGCAUGAUCCCCGUGCCUUGCCAUUUGUAUCUGAAUUCGGUGUAAAUGUCCGGCCACAUGAUAUGACAGCAGUGGAAUUGUCUAUGUCCAAGAUACAACGGUUAGGAAGCCCUUGGGGUGAAUGUGAAGAAAACGUGAAUGGCUCACAGAAUGAGGAACCAUACUCGAUUUUGGGAUGUGAAAAGAGAUGUGGUUUGGAGUAUAUGAUGCGUCUUUGCAACUGCACUAUGAGACACCUUCUGCACGGAUCAAUUUUUACCAGAAAGCGACUUCCCUUUAAAUUGUGUGAUUUUAACAACUCCACAGAAAGAAAUUGCGCGAUCAAAUCAUCAGAAGAUAUUGAAAGACAUAGUAGCUCUUGUAAAUGUAUACCUCCGUGCAGAGAGACCGUUUACAGUUAUACUGUUGCAUCAAGUAAACUGAAUGAAAACUACUUCAAGACCGUGAAAGCAAUUCACACCCUCGUAUUUGAUAAUGAAACUGAAAGUAUGAAAUAUAUAAAUUAUACAGAUGAAAAAUCCUUGCUGGGUGUGAAAGUAUACUUUAACGCAUUUAUGGUAUCCAAUCAUAAGGAAGUGGCAUCUUACAGCUGGGAAACCAUGGUAGCAAAUAUUGGUGGAAACUUGGGAUUCUUCAUGGGGCUGACAGUAGUCACGUUCUUUGAAAUUACAGAGUUCCUUUGGGAUCUCGUCUCCAUGAUUUGUGGCCGUUUUCCUUCGGCGAAAAUAAACACAGCCAAUAAGAUUGAUCAGAAAACUGUUUCCAGCAAUCGUGCUCGAAAGAAGAAGAAACGCAGGAAAUCAGUUUGAAAGAAAAAAUCAUAUAAGUGCACACGCAUUUGAUAAAAUGCACGAAAACACGAUUAUAAAGGAUGAUUUUUAAUUUUAAUAUUUCGAGAGAAUUUGUGAC